AUGUCUCUUACUUAUGGAACGGGCGGUGCGACUGCCGCCCUCGGUGUGGUGGGCUUGUACAUGCUCUUCAACAACGAAGGCGAAGCUUUCAACGUCGGGGCUUUCCUCGAAAGCAUAUCGCCAUACACAUUUGCUAGUGUCGGAAUCGCGCUGUGCAUUGGUCUCUCUGUCGUAGGCUCGGCAUGGGGCAUCUGGACAACCGGUGUGUCCAUCGUUGGUGGAGGUGUCAAGGCGCCACGGAUACGAACCAAGAACUUGAUCUCCAUCAUCUUUUGCGAAGUUGUCGCCAUUUACGGUGUCAUCAUGGCUAUCAUCUUCUCCUCCAAGAUGAACCAGCUCUCGGACCCUGAACUGUUGUACUCUGGAUCCAACUACUUCACCGGAUACGCGCUGUUCUGGGCUGGAAUAACCGUGGGCAUGUGCAACCUGAUCUGCGGCGUCUGCGUGGGCAUCAACGGAAGUAGCGCGGCCCUAGCCGAUGCUGCGGACCCUGCAAUGCAAGUAACCGUCUUUUCUGGGUUCGUCAAGAUCCUUACCAUCGAGAUUUUCGCCGCCAUUCUCGGACUGUUCGGUCUCAUCAUUGGACUACUCAUGCAGAGCAACGCAAAGGACUUCCAGAUGGCCACCACAGAUUCAAAGCUGAAAGCCGCGAUCUUGGUAGUAUCUGAAACUGCUUCUGAAGACCCAUCAACCGAUAAAUGCAUAUCAGUCCUCAAGAAGGCCUUCGGAGAUCUCGGAAACGACCAAUGGGACGUUAGCGAAACCGAGAUAGUACCCGACAACGCUCUCGCAAUCCAAAAGACUAUCAAAAGUUGGACAGACAGUCCGGAGCCAAUCAAUUUAAUCGUUACUAGCGGAGGCACUGGUUUCGCAACCAAGGAUGUUACUCCGGAGGUGCUUGCACUCAUGGCGAGACCUGUUGCUGGAGUUAGAAAAAAGACUCUGAUAUUGACUCUGCCGGGAUCACCGAAAGGUGCCAAAGAGAAUCUAGAGGCAAUUUUGAAGUUACUACCACAUGCGUGCAUCCAAGCUGCCGGUGCAGAGUCCAGACCGCUACAUGUUGGUGGUGUAGAGAAGCUCGAGAAGGACGCUGGUGUUUCUCCAGGUAGUGCUACUGCAGGAACUGGAAGUGGGCAUCAUCACCAUCACCACCAUGGACAUUCGCAUGGUCACGGCGGCCACGCAGGGCCCAAAGCUCACACAAACCCAGAAGAGCGCCCUCAAUCUAAUGAUCCUUCCGCGGGACCAACUCGCAGAUAUCGAUCAUCACCGUACCCUAUGUUGGCUGUCGAAGACGCGCUCAAGCUGAUCUCGGAGAACACCCCAGCUGCUGCAGUACAGAACGUGCCAGUAGACAUGAGACUUAGUGGCUCGGUCCUUGCCGAGGAUGUCAAAGCCACUGAGUCAGUCCCGGCCUUCCGAGCUAGUAUUGUCGACGGAUAUGCGAUCAAGAUCCCAGCGACUGGCAAGUUCGAGAAAGGAACUUACCCUGUAUCGAUCAUAUCUCAUGCGCAGGCUGGUGAAGUCAAGGAGCUGAAAGAGGGAGAGAUUGCGAGAAUCACAACUGGCGCCCCGCUUCCGCCCGGUGCUGAUGCUGUGGUCAUGGUCGAAGAUACAGUAUUGAAGAGCCUGACCGACGAUGGCAAGGAGGAGAAGGAAAUCGAGAUACUGACGGAUGAGAUCAAGCCGAACGAAAACGUACGGGAGGUUGGCAGCGAUGUCAAAGAGGGCGAGAUCAUUCUGAAGAAGGGCGAAGGUGUUACAGUCGUGGGUGGCGAGUUUGGCUUGCUUGCAUCUGUGGGUACGACAGAGGUAUCUGUGUACAGGAAGCCUGUCGUAGGAGUUCUGAGUACAGGAGACGAGAUCAUUCCACACAACAGAGAGGGCCCGUUGCGACUGGGAGAAGUGCGUGAUACCAACCGUCCCACUCUCAUCACUGCCGCACGAAGCCAUAGGUUCGAAGUCAUCGACCUGGGUAUCGUCUCAGAUAAACCCGGCACCCUUGAGCAGAGUCUCCGUGAUGCGAUGCGCAAGUGCGACGUAAUCAUAACCUCUGGUGGCGUCUCCAUGGGCGAACUCGACUUGCUCAAGCCCACCAUCGAGCGCUCUCUCGGCGGCACAAUCCACUUCGGUCGUGUCAACAUGAAGCCAGGUAAACCCACCACCUUCGCCACUGUGCCCGUCAAGGACAACGCUGGGAAUCCUGUUACCAAGUCAAUCUUCUCGCUUCCUGGCAAUCCUGCUUCGGCCGUGGUGUGUUUCCAUCUCUUCGUUCUGCCUGCAUUGCAUCAGCAAGCUGGGAUAAAGCCACUCGGACUACCAAGAAUCAGAGUUAUACUGGAUGAAGACGUGAAAAUGGACAAGGGUCGUCCAGAGUAUCACCGUGCGCUUGUUGUGACAAAAGAAGAUGGGUUGCUAUACGCCAGCUCAACGGGCGGGCAGAGGAGCAGCCGCAUCGGCAGCUUCAGAGGUGCGAAUGCACUGCUUUGUAUGCCACAGGGUGAAGGUAGUUUGAAGAAGGGAGAGAAGGUCGAGGCGCUACUCAUGGGAAAGUUGGGAGAAGUUGAGCGAUGA